AUGCUUAUGACAAUUAUUAGCAGUGUUGUGCUCGUCGGACAAAUUUUUACCCUCGCAAACGCCAGCGCACUCCCAUCACAGAGGCGGAGCGUGUUUGGUGAUGUCGAGGGGGCGAUUGAGGGCGAGAAUGGAUUCGACUGCGCGUCUGGAGUGAUGGCGGGGAUCACAGCACUGACUGAGAGUGACUCUUACAAAUCCUUGACUGGCGACAGUUACUGCGAUAGUGCUGUAUAUGGGAUAGUGGUGGCAGGCAUGGAGAUGGCGGCCGAAUCGGACGGCAGCGCACUCGAAUCUGGUGAGUGUGCCACAACCAUGGGUAUAUGUUGUGCGGCAAAGGCAGGCGAUGGCGUGUUAACCACUCAGAUCUGUGAAAUGCUACUCAGCACUUAG